AUGAGUUUGAGCGGUCUUCUUGUUGUUGUUUCCGUUAUGCGUCUCCGCUGUACAUUUUUGUGCGUCGCUCCACAUACUCUGCUCCCUCUUUUCCACGUCUUUGCUUUUUGUUGCUGCAGGCACACACAACCACACACACACAAGAUGCACAUUGCAGUGGAUAUGAAUGCACCUUUUGUAGUGCAUGGAGGCAGUUGUGUGCGCCGUGUUGGUCCCUGCGCUCUUGUGCUGCUGAAAUUCCGUCUGCGUGCUGCUGGGAGUCCUGGAGAUGUAUCUGGUGAUGCGGAUGCGGUGGUUGUGCCGGUGGAUGUGUCGUGUGCUCCGAGUGACGGCAGCCUGAGCUGUCGCGUGCGUGUGUGGGCGUGGAAGAAGUGUUCUGCUGCCGGUGCUGAGGCUCAGCAUGAGAAUUAUAAUUUCAGUGGCUUUGAUGUGCGCAUGCAUGGCAGGAAUGGUGAGCUGGGUGCUGUGUGCCAUGUGGCCAAUGCGGUGCACACAUGUAGCAACUGUGCUGCCAGCUGUGAAAGGAAAGAGGAAGUGGUCACCGUUGCCUUCACGAUGAAUGUGAUGGCACAUAAAUACGCCGGCCCUUAUGAAUUGUGGUGGCGUCAAUUUUUCCCGAUGGAGCCAUCCAUCCGCCUGCACGGAGCGGCGAUGCUGACCGGACGGGCAUCUGUCAGUUGCCGCCACCCCGUGAAGGGAGGGAUGACACAAAUUCUGGCGAGACAACUGCGCCGCAAGUUAAUGCUGAGCCGUCACGUCAGAACGAGGAUUGGCGACAGUCUGCGGCGGCUGACGGACCCAACACCGUCGAUCCGAGUCCCGCAUCCAACACGGCGACCAACACGUCCAAGAAGAGGCUUUUCUUUGCCAACUGUCCGAGAAUAUUAG